AUGACGCCUGCGUCUCGAGGCGUUCCUCUCGGGUGUACGUACACCGCUCCUGCACUGGAGGGUGGGGUGCAGCCGAGUCGGAGAAUCGGAAGACUGACUCAGAUUCUGUUUGUGUUCUUUAUUCUCGGCCUUGCUUCGCUUUCCAGCUCGCUCUUCGCACAUGAGGGUCAAGAAGAAACGGUUUCCCCGUUCCUAUUCGCAGUCGGGACCGUGUACAAACAGCCCGGCAGCGUCGCUCCGACUUCGCUUCAUUGCGCGGGCUCUGACUCGGGAGGGGAAGGCUUCGUCCGCUCUUCAGAGAGAUCUCUGGCGUUUGUGCGUGGGCAGCCUUCUCGGUCGUUCGCUCUUUCGUCGCCGCCAGCAGCUUCCUCCGCCUUCUCUCCAGCUGUACAAGAACCGAGCCACUUGGUUUCAGGGCCAACAAGCCUCGCCAGUCGAGACGCAGGCGUCGGCCCCCUGCGGAGUGCGUCGAACUUUUCCUUCGAGGGUGAAGACAUUCGAGGUCCCAUCAAGCCCCUGCGAGGCAUGGUUCUCCUCGAGAGAAGGGAGGCAGUGGAGAAAAGCGCUGGCGGCGUCUAUCUUCCGAUCGAGUCUAAGGCGAAGCAGGUGAUUGCCAAGGUCAUUGAGGUCGGGCCUGGGGAGGUCAAUCGCGAGACUGGAGCUCGCAUUCCAGUUGAUGUGGCUAUCGGCGACUGGACCAUCAUUUCGCGACACACCUACGAUUCGUUUAAAUACAAUGGCAAGGACUGCGUCUUGGUGGAGGCCCGCGACAUUAUCGCGAAAGUCCAAACGACCACGGAGGAAAGGGACGCGAACCCUUCAGACAUUCUUCCUCUCGGCGACACAAUUUUGGUGAAGCUCGUGAAGCAGGCGCAGCGAACGGCGAGUGGACUGUAUCUACAGCCGACGGGCAGCGAGAGGGACAGAGGCCAGGGAGUGAAGCGCGCGCAAGUUGUUGCUGUGGGACUCGGCCGCUACAACAGAAACGGAGAGCGUGUUCCGAAUGACGUGGUGCCGGGGGACGAAGUCCUGUUCCCGGCUUACAGCCAAGACGAGCCGGAGAUGAAGUACGGCGGCGAGUCUUACGCGUUCGUGCGAGCGGCUGAUCUCUUGGCAAAGUGGUGA